AUGUGUGGGAUCUUUGCCUGCCAUUGUCACCCGGACGUGCAAAAGUUCAAGCCGACGGCCCUGAAGCUGGCUAAGGCAAUUCGACACCGAGGUCCCGAUUGGAGCGGCAGCGUCAUUUCUCACAACACAAUCCUCUGCCAUGAGCGUCUUAGUAUCGUCGGUGUUGAGUCUGGUGCUCAACCCUUGACCAACGCCGAUGACACCAUCAUCCUUGCCGUCAACGGCGAGAUCUACAACCACCGACAGAUCCGAAAGCACCUAAAAGAGCCAUACCACUUCAAGACGGCAUCGGAUUGCGAGGUUAUCAUUCCCUUGUAUCUGGAGCAGGAUAUCGACGCUCCCAACAGCCUCGAUGGCAUGUUCUCAUUCGUUCUAUACGACAAGAAGCAAGACCGCACCAUUGCCGCACGCGAUCCGAUCGGCGUUACAACAUUGUACCAAGGAUGGUCAUGGAAGGAACCUGGUGCUGUUUACUUUGCUUCAGAGCUCAAGUGCUUGUCCCCGGUCUGCGACAAGAUUAUCGCUUUCCCUCCUGGACACGUCUACGACUCAAAAACUGGCGAGACUACCCGCUACUUCAAACCUACUUGGUGGGAUCCUACCAACGUGCCCUCUACUCCCGUCGAUUACAAGGCUCUCCGAACUUCUCUGGAGAAGGCUGUCAGAAAGCGUCUGAUGGCUGAGGUCCCUUAUGGUGUGCUUCUUUCUGGAGGCCUCGAUUCCAGCUUGGUCGCUUCCAUUGCGCAGCGAGAGAUGCUGAGACUCAGAAAGAAGGCUGAAGAGUCUAACGGCACUGCUACUCCUGCAGAGGCUGAUGUUGACCACGGAGAGGGCCUUGUCGGUGUUGACGACGACGAUAACCUGUCUACCGUUACCUACCUCCCUCAACUCAACUCCUUCUCCAUUGGUCUGCCCGGGUCUCCGGACAACGAGGCCGCUCUCAAGGUUGCCAAAUUCCUUGGUACAAAGCACCACGUCAUGACAUUUACCAUUGAGGAUGGCCUCAACGCACUUUCAGAUGUCAUCUACCACCUGGAGACCUACGAUGUUACAACCAUCCGAGCCUCAACACCCAUGUUCCUGCUCUCUCGUAAGAUCAAGGCUAUGGGUAUCAAGAUGGUUCUGAGUGGUGAGGGUAGUGACGAGAUUUUCGGCGGUUACCUUUACUUCCACGCUGCUCCCGACAAGAAGGCGUUCCACGAGGAGACUGUCCGCCGUAUCAAGAACUUGCACCUUGCGGAUUGUCUGCGAGCCAACAAGUCCACUUCUGCCUGGGGUCUUGAGGCUCGUGUCCCUUUCCUGGAUAAGAAGUUUAUCGAGACUGCGAUGAGCAUCGACCCCCAGGAUAAGAUGAUCACCAAGGAAAGAAUGGAAAAGUACAUUCUGCGAAAGGCUUUCGACACCUCUGAUGAGCCUGGCACUGCUCCUUACCUCCCCGACUCCAUCCUGUGGAGACAGAAGGAGCAGUUCUCCGAUGGUGUCGGAUACGGAUGGAUUGAUGCCCUCAAGGACAACGCUGAACUCCACGUCACCGACGAGAUGAUGAAGAACCCCAAAGCUGAGUGGGGUACCGAUAUCCCAGAUACCAAGGAGGCUUACUGGUACCGUCUCAUGUUUGACGAGCACUUCCCUCCACGCUGCGCUUCCACCGUGGAGCGAUGGACACCCACCUGGUCUAAGCAGACCGAUCCCAGUGGCAGAGCCAUCUCUACCCACGUUGCCAAGUAUGAAGACACUGAGUAA